GGAACUUGUGGAGUACUAUUUUUAUCUCUUUUUAUGCUUUUUAUCUCCGUUUUGAGAUAUUUCGUUUUCCCGUGUACACCUAUUCAAUUUCCUAAGUGCAUUUUUGCCUCAGUGUACUAACGUAAAAACAACAACAACAAGCUUGUCCGUCUUCCAAACAAAAUUCCAUCCGGCUCCAAACAGGAAUCUUGGCCGAAGCCAAGUGGAAAUUGAUUUAAUCUAUCGAAAUAUACUUACCUAGCCACAGUAUCCAUGUGGGAUCAAGCGACGUUUGAACCAAUCCAUAUCCCAAAGAUGGCCACAAUCAACGAUCUUCCGAACGAGAUCCUCCUUGCGAUUUUCCAACAGAUUGAGGGUAAGAAGCACCUCACCCGUAUCUGCAAACUCUGGAAUGAGUUGAUUGUAAAUUUCCUGGUUCUGAAGAUCAGUCUCCUUAGUGAGGAACGUAUCAGAAAAUUUGCAGGCAUGGUCUUUACCCGCAGCUACCAGCAGCUCAGCAUCUCCGGGGUGAUGUUGGUGGAGUCGGACUUCAACUGGACGGGUUGCUCGCGGCAGCUGAAAAAUGCGCCUGCUAAGCGAGCUCGUAAGGAAACUGAUCCGUACGUGCUAUUGCGCAAGUGUCUACAAGUGGUCCGUCAAUAUGAAAGGACCGUGCGGGUUAUGAGUUUGUCCUUUGGGCCGAUUAUGGACAAAAGUUUGCUGGCAUUCUUGCCCCGGGGCGAUGGACCUAGUUCGUUGGAGUGUUUGGUGAUCGAGAUUAAUAAUUGGCACAUAAUGAAGGAGGAGAAUUGGAACGUUAGUCGAAUGGAGUUUAUUGCGGAAGAGGGAUUACAGGAAAUUUCCGAGAUGCCGAAGCUCAAAAGCCUUAGGUUCGGUGACAGCCGCACCAAAGGGGAUCGAACUGUCCGACGGAAGUUCUUUGACGCAAUCACCCGGAACGCGAAAGCGAUAACAUCCAUAUCUCUGACAUCCAGAUCUGUUACUUGUUAUUCGGAUUACCGGAUUGUUCGAAGUUUUUCGACGCAGUUACAGGAAUUGACCAUCACCGUUUGGCCCCUAUUUGUAAAAGAUUUCUUCCAGCUUUCGUUUCCGAAAGUAAAAAUCCUCAAACUAGACUUCAAAUGCAUCACAAUACCAGAUGCGGCCCAUUUAUUUCAAAACCUCAAGUCACUCAUCGAUCUGACCGUUACUAGUGCAGACAAUGACGAGUUCUUGCGGCAGGGCGUAUAUCGCCACGCUACAACCGUCGAGCGGUUGACCAUCAGUGAAAACCGAAAUAUCACCAUGGACGGACUGCAGGGUUUGAUCGGAUUGAAGGAAUUACAACUCGAAUGCGAAUGCUCGUGGUUCGAAUUUGACGAGCAAAUUGCGGUGCCUUGCUCUUCGUCGUUGGAGAAGCUGGUGAUUGAACGGUGCACCAACGGCAUUCCCUUCUACGGCGCUUUGGUGGAAAGUGUACCUCACAUUACGGAACUUCACAUCACCGGAGAUAAUACGUUUAACGAUGGGUGCCUUCGGGCAAUCUGCACGACAAUGAAAAACAUACGCCGGCUGAAACUCACCCUAAUACCAUUUGUGGAAGACCCGAUUACUGAUGUGAGCUUGCGUUACAUUGGAAACCUCCGCAAACUGGAAUACCUCUUUUUGGAAUCCUACGAUGAUGAAGAUACCAUCCAGCUUACUGGUUCUGGUUGGGUGUCAUUGCUGUGGGCCUCGGAUGUCCACCUCAAUGGCUUUUAUGAGAUUGAUCUGCCGAACAUGUUGGACCUUCUGUUGAAUCCGAACUUACGAAAGUUGACCUUGGAUCAGUGCGGCAGAGCUUGCCGUAUAGUGGAAACUGUGGGGAAGCUCAAGCAGCUGAUGAGUGAUUCACGACCGCUACCACAUAUUGCGGUCAUGAACAUGUGGCAAUCUGCACGACAAUGAAAAACAUACGCCGGCUGAAACUCACCCUAAUACCAUUUGUGGAAGACCCGAUUACUGAUGUGAGCUUGCGUUACAUUGGAAACCUCCGCAAACUGGAAUACCUCUUCUUGGAAUCCUACGAUGAUGAAGAUACCAUCCAGCUUACUGGGUCUGGUUGGGUGUCAUUGCUGUGGGCGUCGGAUGUCCACCUCAAUGGCUUUUAUGAGAUUGAUCUGCUGAACAUGUUGGACCUUCUGUUGAAUCCGAACUUACGAAAGUUGACCUUGGAUCAGUGCGGCAGAGCUUGCCGUAUAGUGGAAACUGUGAGGAAGCUCAAACAGCUGAUGAGUGAUUCACGACCGCUACCACAUAUUGCGGUCAUGAACAUGUGGUAAGUUAGUAAAAGCAGCAAAAGCUAUUGCUCCCCUCGAGAGCAGCAAGAGCACAAUGUUAUUUCCAGAUAUCUGAAUAUUAGAUGACGAUCAGUAUGGUUGAACUAUAUUUUUAACGUCAUACAAAUGAUACAA